AUUGAUUUACUGCUUCUGUUUUCCUCUCAGACUAACUUUAAGGAACUGGUGAGAGGCUUUUGGAGUACUUUUAGUUACAUAUUGAAGUACUCUGAGGGAGUGAAUGUGCAGGAUACAACUGGAUCUUAAAGAAGUGCAUGAAAAAAGUGUAGGAAUGUCUUCAAUAGGAUAAUCUAUGAAACAGUUUCAUUAUAUACGUGUUUGUUUUGACAUGAGGACCACAGCUCUGCAGGUGCUGAUCUGUGGAACAGCCAGUCAUGUCUGGAAAACUAUGGAAACACAUCGAGGUGCUACAGAGCCAUAAGGCCAAGCUGAUAGACAUUCUCAGCAGUGACGCAGACUUUGUGCUGCAGCAUGCAGACUCUCGCUUUCUGCUGUCUCCUCAAGGCUACAAGCAAAUCAAAGCAUGUCGUAAUCCUAGUGAAAAGGUGACGGACCUCUUAGAUCAUGUCAUAUCAAGAGGGCCUGAUGCAGCACACGGGCUUCUGGAGCUACUGAAGGAUAAGGAGCUGCAGGAAAACUUUCCAAUGCUUGAUUUUAUUAAGAACGUGCAAGUCAACACACAGUCUUCAGCAGAAAAAGAAACAUCUAGACAGCAAAAAAGACCUUUGGAUUCAGAGGAUACCAUUCCACCCAAAAAGGCCUGCAGAAGAGGCUCUCAUUUGGUGACUGAGAAGCAGCUGAUGACUGUGGCUCGUGCUACUGGACGAUCAUGGAGAGAGAUUGGCAUAUUGGCGCUGGACAUCCCCUCAGUGAAGCUGGACGAGAUUAUGGAGGACCAUUCGAGGCAUGUGGAGCGAGUAUUCGAGAUGCUACGUUGCUGGCGAAACCGUCAGAGGGAUGAAGCCACCGCUGCCCGCCUUCACUCCCUGCUCAGUCAUGAAGACUUGGCGCUACCAAAGGACAGCAUUGACUUCCUGUUGGAGACUAGUUAACAAAUGUACUUAGAAUGAAAACCUCAAAAAGUGAAUAUUUUUAAUGGAAAUUGGUGUAAUCUUGUUUUAUAUAAAGUCAUUCCAUAUGAGGAAAAACUCUUUCAGUCUUGGGAACAUUGACGGACCCCAUAGUUUUAUUUUUUACACUUAUUGUUCUCUCACACAUGGGGAGAAUGUGAUGUUAUUCCUUGUAAUGGGGUCUUGGAAUUCACUGGAUAAAAAGGUAGAAAGAAAUGGACCAAAAAAUGAUAUGAUUUGUGCCUAUUUCCAGUGAGUUCAUGUCUCAUUUUACCAGUCAGUAUAGUAUUAAAAAUGGAGUAGAAGCUUUUGUAUCACUGAGUACAAUGUCUUCUGUUCAGGGACAGUUAUCUACUUUUAUUCUGAAUUCAACAACAAUAAAAUCAAGGACAUAUUUUGCUAUAUUUAAUAGAUUUGUUGGUCUUUUUAUAUUUGCAGCAUUCAUUUUAUUGUACAUAUCAAGUAAAAAAAGACAAUCAAAUGAGCAGUGCUUAUUUCAUUUGAAUGUAAAAAUACUGUUGUUCUGUCUUUGUAUAUUUUUUGAUAUAUAACAGAAUAAAUAUUCCAUCUUGUUAAAGGAGCUGUGUCUUUUGCUGAAUGUGCACAUCAGACUAAAUGCACUUUGUAUUAUAUUGCAUCAGUGUCUCUGACAUGGUUUAUAGAGUUAAUGUAACUAUACAAUGGAGGGUAGAUAAGCAGAUUGCAUUACAACAUUACACACUAUAAACCACUAAUACAGCAGCAUACCGCUUUAGUUUUCCCAAAAGAGUACAUCUAGAGAGUCUUAUGUUGGAAGAAGG